AUGGAAGAAGGAACAGAGUUUAGAAAGGAGCACAAGAAGUCAGGGUUUGAAGAGAACGAGGUCGGCCAUUACUUUGAGAACUCGCUUGCUAAUGCGAUUCGGAAUUUCGUCAACGUUCAGGUCGUUACUGACCUGUGGCGACGGCGACACGACAAGCUCUACGAUGGCCCUACAACUGCUGAACUGCAGGCAGCUGUUUCGUCGUUAGCCAUUCGAUUGAUGACGUACCUCGUGCCAGAAACUCCGGUGACGUCAACUACCUACCACACUUGGUUACGCAACCUGGAACUGAUGUCCGAAGCACUGAUAAAUCAGACCUUCGCUAUAUCGUUAGUUUCAAUGAAUGUCAAAAUUCCUGAAUAUUCUUGUCCUAUUCCCUGCGAUUAUGACUGCUACCUGUGGCGUUGCCUGUUUUUCGUCAGCGUGGCCCUAACGGCUGCUUUGGUGCUUUGCGUACUGCCGUGGUAUCUUAGAACGCUGCUGCACGGUCAUCGUGCUAAAAAAGAUAAUUUCUAUCCUCUAGUCACAAAGUCAAAGCCAUCAAUUCUAAAGUAA